ACAACGAACAACACAUUGCAAUUUGCUGCCUGAUCUCGAUACCGUCUUCGACCGCCAAAGCCUGUGUUCUUCGUCCUUCAACUUUUCCACUGAUCCACGGAGGUCUCAAUAACGCCACGCGCCACAAUGCCAACCGCCCUCGACAAAGCACUCAAUUCCAAGAACCUGUUCGUAGGCUUCACAGCUCUCGUCACAGCAGCCACAGCUUGGUCAAUCUGGGGCCAAGACCUCUUCCCCUCCUCCUCAGAACCAUCCGGCAAACCAGAAACAUGGACAGAGUCUGAAUUGAGAAGUUGGUUGGAAAGACGCAACCUCCCCACUCUCAGCACUGAGACACGCGAAGACAUGUUGGCUCGUGUGCAGAAUAUCCUAUCGAACAUUCGACCAGCGAGAGACUAGCUUAUCUGCCCAUACGACGCUUGUGAUGAGAAGCUGCUAUCCCGUGGUCCUCUGUUGUGACGGAGGACUGGAAGAAGCAAGCGAUGAGUGAGCGAAUAUGGGCGAGGAGACAUUGCAUGAUGUUACGUGUUGCGAUACCCUAAGUAUGUU